AUGGCCGGUGAGCCCAGUAUGGACCAGCUGGGCCGCAGCGACGGGGACGGUGCCUGGUGCCCUGCGGGCCCCGUGUACCCGGACGAGGCCGAGUUCCUCGAGGUGGACCUGGGCCAGCUGCACGUGGUGACACUGGUGCACUGCAACAACAUGCACACGCGGGGGGUGAGCAUCUUCAGCGAGGUGGAGUGUCGGUUCAAGAAGAGCCUGGCCACCGCCUGGGAGCCCACCCCGGCCUCCCACAGCCUGGGCGGGGCUGUCAAGGACCCCAGCGCCCGCCUGGUCACCAUCCCCUUGGGCGGACGCCAGGCCCGCUUCAUCCAGUGCCACUUCUUCUUCGCCAGCGAGUGGAUGCUCUUCAGCGAGGUCACCUUCCUCUCGGACGUGGUGGAGGACACGGCAGGCACCAGCGGGCGGCCCCCGGCUGGGCCCCCCGACCCCUCGGCCGGGGGCGGCCCCGCGGACCUGGCCCUGCCCCCUUAA